AUGAUGGAGGAUGAGCUGGAGGAGCUGAACUGCACCGAGUUCACCAACGAGGUCUAUGCCGAGGGGUGGAGAAAUGCUGCCAUGGAGUGGCAAAAUCGAUGGGGUCAUGGCAAACGCCCACCGGCCCUGAGACGGGACCAGGCCACAGCCAUGCUGGCGUACACCAUGGAGGGGAAACUGUACCGCGUGUUCAACAACGCCACGCUCACGGCUGGGCGCUCCCGGCAGCACUACCUGAGCUCCUACCACUACAAGACGCUGCAUUUCCUCCUGAGCAGAGCCCUGCACACCCUGAGGGAAUCCCAGAUCCAGCAAUGCUUCCAGGUGUACCGCGGUGUCAGGGGCACCCGAUUCACAGCACAGCAAGGCCAGGUGGUCCGCUUCGGC